AUGUUGAACCCUACAUUUGUUCUGUGGGAAAUAGGAUAUCCCAUAUACACUUAUGGCUCCAUCAUCAUUAUUGCAUUAAUUAUUUGGCAAGCGAAAAAGAUCCAUCCAAGAUUGAAGUUGGGACCUAACAAGAGCGGUUGCCAGCAUCAACGGAGAGUCAAACAAAGGACUAAAGAUAGAACAUCAAGAGCCAGAAAACAUUCCCACAAAGAAGAUGAGAAGCCAUGGGAGCUGCUCUCUGUCAUGAAAAGCCAGAGCUGGUUUCCUCAGGAGGGAAGCGUGCGGAGGAUCCUGUGUGCAGAUCCCUCCUGCCCUGUCUGCAAUGCUAUGGCUCUGGAGAUUAAGCAGUUGCUGGCCAAAGCUGCAGAAGCUGGCUUGGGAAGUAAGACGAAGCAUUUUCCACACUGGAUUAAAUCCAACGUGAAAGAUCAAAGGCGUAAAGAACCCAUUCUCCUUUAUAAGGAUGAGCUAGUGGCCAAAACCACGACCAAAAAGGUUGAGAAGAGUCCACCCUCCACCAGAAGCCAUGUGAAGCAUGUACAAGAACAUCACCUUCUUUGAUGCCCACCAGUGCCUAGACAACGAACUCCAGCAACACCCCUUUGAGCCUGGCCACUCCUGGUCCCAGUGCCUUUCCCACAACCGAUCUAAGCACUAUCCUCAUCUGACUUGUGCUACUCAACCGAAGAUCCAUCCCAGAUUGCAACUCUCACCUGUACAGAAGUCUAUACAGGGAGAAAACCCAUUCUGGGGGAAAAGGAGCUCCGGAGUUUCCAAAACCUCUUCACAGCCCUGAGAAAGGCUGUCACCAUUUCCAUUUAUGUACAGGUGAGGCAGUACCUUUUCCAAAUAUACACUAAAAC